AUGGAGUACAUUGAAGACGAUCCAAGGUACCCACCAAAAUCUUAUUCUCUGAAUCGAUCGAGAAAACAUCCUUUAUACCCCCAGCAUCAAACCCUAACGACUCACUACAAUUACGAUUACGACUACGAUUACGAUUACGAAUACCUCGACGUGAACGACGAUGAGGAAGAACUGGACGGUGAAUUCAUCGACAAAAACGACACCAGCUAUAACCCUAGAGGCUAUUCUCACAAGUUUCAACAAAGCCAAGACGCUUUUGAGAGAUACCCAAAGAGGCAAAGGCGCAAAAACCAAGUUUCCAAUUUUGAAUUUGCUCCGAGAAACCCAUUGUCAUAUGAAGAUGGGGAUAGGGAUGGGAAUUCUGCGGUGGAAUGGAGCGAGCAUGAGAAAUUUGUUCUUUUGGAGGUGUGGGGAGAUAAGUUCUUGCAAUUGGGAAGGAACAGCUUGAGAUCUGAAGAUUGGGUUGAUGUUGCUGAGAAACUGUCGGAGACUUCGAAAAUUGAGAGGAAUGAAGCUCAGUGUAGGCAAAUGAUGGAUGUUUUGAAGAGGAAGUAUAAAAAAGAGAAGGCUAGAGGUAAUUAUAGCAAAUGGGUUUAUUUUAAUAAAAUGGACAUGUUAAUGAAGCAAGAGUCUGGAACUGUUGGUGGGUUUAGCUUAGCUUGUGGGGUAGAUUCGGGGGAGUAUGUUUUUAUGGACACACGCGUUUAUUUGGAUCGCGCCAAUAUGAAUGAUGAGAUGAGGGAUAGUCCAUGUGAGUCGGAGGAAGAGGGGGAGGAAGAAGAGGAGGGAGGGAGUGGUGGCCAUGAGGGGGUGAAGGGGUUGAGGGUGUUGGCUGAAUCGGUGCAGAAGUUUGGGGAGAUAUAUGGGAAGAUUGAGAGCAGUAAGAGGGAGCAGAUGAUGGAGUUGGAAAGGAUGAGGAUAGAGUUUCAAAGGGAUUUGGAGCUGCAGAAGAAGCAGAUUUUGGAGAGGGCGCAGGUGGAAAUUGCCAAAAUAAGGGAAGAAGAUGAUGGGGAGGAUGAAUACAAUUUCGAGGAUGAGGAUGAUGAUGAGGACGACGACGAUGAUGUUUCUGGUGGGAAUGUCAGCAAAUAA